GCGGGCCAGUCUAGCGAUCGUACACAUGGUUGUUUCUGGACACGAGGAAGCCCUCCACUACUGCCCUUUCUUCCCUUCUCAAGGCCCGCUCUCACCUGGUUCGUUCAUCGUUUUAUGUACUACAGUACUGUCUCGCGUCUGCGCAAAUUCAGACUAGGUACUGUUUUAGUGGUCCGUCCUCGGCGUGAAUUCCGUCUCGCCAACUGGGGUGCAAAUCGUCCCUCGUAUCUUAUCGGGGUUGAGUCGUCAAAUCGCCCGUCCUUGCAGAAUGGCGGCCCCGUCGGACAUGCAUGUGCAUACGCACGAGGGGUUGACAGAAACAGGUUCCAAGCUCGUCAACCGACUGCAUGAGAGCAGAUCACCCUAUGUGAGGGGUCAUAUGAACAACCCGGUCGCCUGGCAGCUAUGGGACGCAGAAGCCAUCGACAUGGCCAGGAAGUCCAACCGGCUGGUCUUUCUCAGCAUCGGAUAUUCUGCUUGUCAUUGGUGCCACGUGAUGGAAAAAGAGUCGUUUAUGUCACAAGAGGUCGCGUCGAUUCUCAACGAGUCAUUCAUCCCUAUCAAAGUUGAUCGAGAAGAGAGACCGGAUAUUGACGAUGUCUACAUGAAUUAUGUCCAAGCCACGACAGGCUCUGGAGGCUGGCCAUUGAAUGUGUUUUUGACACCCGAUUUGGAACCGGUAUUUGGAGGCACCUACUGGCCUGGCCCAAACACGUCAACACACAUUGGGGACGAUACACUUGGGCUUAUCGAGAUCCUCGAGAAACUGAGAGAUGUCUGGCAGACACAGCAGCAGCGAUGCCGCGAAAGUGCAAAGGAAAUUACAAGACAGCUCAGGGAAUUUGCGGAAGAAGGAACACACUCUCAGCAUGGGGAUCGCGAGGCCGAUGAAGACCUGGACGUCGAGCUACUUGAGGAGGCUUAUCAACACUUUGCCUCUCGUUAUGACCCAGUAUACGGAGGAUUUUCAAGGGCACCAAAAUUCCCAACACCAGCAAACUUAGGUUUCCUGCUCCGCUUGGGGAAAUACCCAAGCGCCGCGUCUGAUAUUGUUGGCGAGGAUGAGUGUGAGAAGGCUACUGCUAUGGCAGUCAGCACCCUCAUAAAUAUGGCACGCGGAGGGAUCAGAGAUCAUAUCGGUCACGGAUUUGCGCGGUACAGUGUCACAAAGGACUGGAGCCUGCCGCACUUUGAGAAGAUGCUCUACGACCAGGCACAAUUACUAGACAUCUAUGUCGAUGCCUUCAAAAUAACCCACGACCCUGAAUUGCUGGGCGCUGUCUAUGAUCUAGCUACCUACCUGACGACGGCUCCGAUUCAAGCGCCUACAGGUGGAUUCUAUUCCUCGGAGGAUGCCGACAGUUUGCCAAGCCCCAACGACACCGAAAAACGAGAGGGUGCAUACUAUGUCUGGACAUUGAAGGAGCUCACGCAAGUCCUAGGCCACCGAGAUGCUGGAGUCUGUGCUCGUCACUGGGGUGUUCUCCCGGAUGGCAACGUCGCGCCUGAAAAUGAUCCGCAUGAUGAAUUCAUGAACCAGAAUGUGCUCUCUGUCAAGGUUACACCUAGCAAGCUGGCGAAAGAAUUUGGUCUGGGAGAGGAUGAAGUGGUGAGGAUCAUCCGGUCAGGCAGACAGAAACUGCGCGAGUAUCGGGAACGAACACGGGUGCGGCCUGAUUUGGAUGACAAGAUUAUUGUGUCGUGGAAUGGACUUGCUAUUGGGGCACUCGCCAAGUGCAGUGCGCUCUUCGAAGAGAUCGAAAGCUCCAAAGCCCUGCAGUGUAGGGAGGCAGCAGCGCGGGCUAUCAGCUUCAUCAAGGAUUCACUUUUUGAUAAGCCUACGGGGAAGCUCUGGCGCAUCUACCGCGAUGGCAGCAAGGGAACAACACCCGGAUUUGCCGACGACUAUGCAUAUAUGAUCAAUGGGCUGAUUGAUAUGUACGAGACUACAUUUGAUGACAGCUACCUACAAUUUGCGGAGCAGUUGCAGAGAUACCUCAACCAGAACUUCCUUGCGUUUACGGGGUCAACACCAGCAGGUUACUAUAGCACGCCAUCCACCAUGACACCGGGCAUGCCUGGCCCUCUUCUUCGCUUGAAGACUGGAACCGAGUCGGCCACGCCAUCUAUCAACGGAGUCAUUGCGCGCAACCUUCUGCGGCUGUCUUCGUUGCUGGAGGACGACGAAUACCGGAUCCUCGCGCGCCAGACAUGCCACUCUUUUGCGGUAGAAAUUUUGCAACAUCCAUUCCUAUUUGUUGGGCUGCUGGACACGAUUGUUGGUCUAGAAGCCGGCACCCGCAGCGUGACUGGGAUAUUUGCCACAGCCGACGUGAGCAGCUCGGAUAGUUCGCGAAGCAACAGCCUACUGAGAAAAAUAGACGAGCCCAUAUCAGGACGAGAUCUGGUCGUCAAGAAGGUUCGGGCAGAGGCAGGCCUGGCCACGUCGACGUCGACGACCACGGUCGCUCUGGUAGAUAUCCGACCGGCGCAUCUGGGGGACUUUGUCGGGAACGAGUCGUUCUGGCUGCGAGGCCGGAACCGGACGUACAAGGAAUUACGGGCGACAAAGAACCAAGUGCAGAUUUGCGAGAGCGGCAGCUGUCGGGUGGUGGAUGUAUAAACAAACAAUCUAACAGGGUUUAACAUUUUUAUUACUUUCAUUUUCUUUCGGGAUUAUGGUGGAUAUAGUCAUUUAGCAUCAAUCAAUAAAGAUUUUAGUACAUGGCCGGGGUGCCGCUGGGAAUCCACAAUUAGUCCCGAUUCUCGAGAUGCUGGGAUAUGACGGUCAAUGUAGAUGAAACAAUCGAACAAGGCCUCCAGGACCAGGCAAUUCGAUGUUAUUAUCCAAUCAGCAGACACCAGAAUCGAGUCGGAAGAUUCGGAGAUUGUUCUACAGGCAUUCUAGUUGUUCCCCAAAAAGUCUGGCGUCGAGGAUUGGGGGCAAAGCUUCGAUGACUUCUCGUAUAGAUCACUAUCUGGAUGAGGUUUUAACAGUUGAGUUUUUUUUUUUUUUUUU